GGGUGCAGUAGGGAGGGACCACUGGACACAAUAUUAAGUAGUAAAAUCAAAAACAAAGAAACAGAAAAUCAUCUAGUUACUCAAGUAUUAAAUUCUCAAAUUCAGGUCAUAGACAAGUCCA